UUAGUUUCCGUCACAAUGAAGAAAUUUAUUUGGCCUUUGCUUUGUUUACUCUUCGUAUUGUUGCUAACUAGCAAUGCCUACAAUUCAAAGGAAUGCGAUGAUAAGCCAUCUGAGACGGGACCAUGCAGGGCAUUCUUUCCCAUGUGGCGAUUCAUAAAGGAAACUCGCCAAUGUGAGCCUUUUAUCUAUGGCGGCUGCCAGGGCACACGGAAUAUGUUUGACGAUGAGGAGGAAUGUAAGAGAAAGUGUGCCGCUAAUAGCACAUAGAUUUAAGCUACCUGGUGUAAAAUUAAUUGAAAUAUUAUAUAAAUAAAUGAUAAUAAAUAAAA